GUUCAGUCUACUUCAAAGAUCUGACCUACAGUUUCCCUUGUUUGUGCACUAGCAGCGCAAGAAAUAAGGUUCACGGUUGCCCGUGCGUGGCUUAGGCCACAUGUCGGGUAUUCUUUGCUGUUUUGGCGUCCAUAGGACAAAUGAAACCGCAAAGGCCUCCGGCGUCCCAGCAGACGCCAAGGUUGCUUUGCAUGGGCAAGACCCCACUGUGCCGUUAGCGAUAACAGCGUCAACCAAGGAUGAUACUGCGAAAGACUCCGCCCCUGCACGUAGCAUUACCCAAAGCAGCUUACAACGUCCGGCUUCACCGCCCCGCAACCCCAGUAAUGCCGGACCUUGCUUACUCGCCAGCGCUCAGCCAGCUGGCGAGUUGGCACAAGGUGUUCUCCAGGGUCUUCAGCUUCAGCGGCAAAUUACACGGUUGCAAGGGCAUUGGUGGACUCGGAUGGAGAAUGCGCUGGAGAUGCUCGCAAAGUCUUAUUCAGCAGCAUGCGCAAGCCUGUGGGUGCUGGACGAGUCAACGGAGUCGUUCGUGGUACUGCUGAGCAAGGGCCCUAUGCGGCAUGCCGUACAACCCGGCUGCUCCCUGCACCUGGGCUCGGAGUACGACGCCAACUGCCCCUCCAGCCUCACCUCCCUCUGGGAUACCAAGGCCGCUCAAAAGUACAGCGUCCUCAACAGCAGCAGCAGCAGCGGCGCGAACGCAAACCGCAGCAGCAACUACUCCGCCCUCCAUGGCUGCGACGUCGGCGGCAUCACUGCCGGCGUCAGCGCAGGCGGAGGCGGAGGCACGAGCAUCGGCGGAGGCGCCGGUGCCUUCCCAGCCGACUGGAAGAUGCUGUAUAACGCCUACGGCCUCACCGACUUCCUCGCCUGUCCCAUCUUCUCCUCCACGACGCUAGGUGGCGGCCCGGCGUCCAUUGCCGCCGCAGCGGCGUUGUACGGCCUUGAAAAGAUCAUAACCCUAAGUCCCACCGGAGACGCCAAUGGAACGGGGGGACCCGACCACACCGGAGGUACGGCAGGAGGAGCAGCAGCAACCGCGACGGCGGCUGCCGCCGCCGCUGCCGCCGGCGAGUCUCACGUGGUCGAGUCCCACGUGGUGGGGGCAAUCACGUUCUACUUCAGUCGCCCGGGAUCGGAACGAGAUCGGGAUCAGGAUCGCGACCGGCCGUCUAAGGAGCAGCCCCCGCCCCCGCACCCGCCCCUGCCCAGCAUCUUUAGCGGUUCCGUAGAGCAGGAACUCGUGUCGCUGGCGGUUUCGGGGCUGCUGUUCAGUAACGGGCCGGAACCUGUACGGCAAAUCUGUGAGCUGGUUGUGGCGAUUCAGUCGGCCGGCGGUAGCGGCGAGGUGGCGGCGGCGGUGGCGGCGGGUCUGACGGCGCGACUGCGGCAUGUGUACGCCGUAACGCCAACACCGCUGCUGGCACUGGUGCCUCCGAGGCAGCUCAGUGCGGUGGUGUUUCGGGACAUGACGGCGGGGGCGGCGGGGGCGGGUAGCGGCCCGGAGGGCGUGGGGGCUGGGGGCAGCAUGGAGUACGGCGGGCUGCAUGGGCAGUCCAGUUCGCAAACGCUGCCGCUGCUACAUCCAGCGCUAGCGUCGGUAGCAGGAGGCGGCGGCGGCGGAGUCGGGACGUCGUACAGUGGAAGUACGGCGCAGGCGGGGGUUGGUGUACGAGUGCAGUACCGUACGGCAGGCGUUCAGCUAGGCGGGCUUGACGGUGGCGGCGGGGCCGGGGCGGGCGCCUCGAGUAUAGAACGCUCACCGAGUCUACUGGGCACGGG